AUGAAAACACAAUUCUUUAACUUUAUGCGGUGCAAAAGAAGACCCACCUUUUAUCGGCUAUUUAAGAAUCAUGAUUUAUUGCUGGUAAAAAAUGGCCAUAGCCCAUGUUGAACUGGCGAGUUUUGCGGAACUGCAUGCAUCGAAUUUCAGUUCCGGUCAGUCGGUGCCACUAUACACCUUUUACCAUGUACAGGAGGAAGGCAACCACAGCGAUUAUUUUGUCAAUAAUAAAUGGGAGUACGACUUGUUUCUGGCGUAUGUGAUAUGCUCGUGUAUCGCGGCCAUUAUACUAAAUGGAUAUGGUCUCAUCGUCAUGUUUAUCACCGAGAAAGAUAUCAUCUACAAAUGGUCCAGUAGGAAUUUUCUCCUGGCGAAUUCCUGUGUUAUCAAUUUACUGAUCGUCACGCUGACGUACAUUUGGGAGGCUUUCUUUAUGUACCAGAAAAAAUGGACCUUCGGACACGGAUUCUUUGUGUUCUGUGUGAAUGCGGAAGAGAUUCUCAAUUGUGCGAUGACCAUCGUGACAGUAUCCUUAUGCCUGCACCAACUACUGCGACUGACCAUAACCUAUGACCGGCGAAUAUUUUGGAUCGUUGUCACGGUGGUGUUGACGGCAUUACCGUGGGUGUACGCGCUAAUAUCUUCUGGACCAUGGCUGAUCAGUCGGGGCUUCCUUGUGAUCCACUAUGGAGAUGGUGUCGUUGAUAUUGCGCAGUGGCAUGGCCAUCAAGCGGUGACUACCUACACGUACCAUGUUUUCUUUGCAGAUCUGAUUUAUCCACUGGUCCUCUCCGUCAUCCUGUUCGCCUUGGCCUUAACCGUGCACAUGGUUACCAAGCCCCGCCCUGCGUACUCACGCAUGAACAGCCGCGAGACCACCAUCUUCUGGCGCGCCGAGCAACCGGAAGUCAUCGCCGGCGAAGUCCCCGAUUGGCUGAUUAACCAGCAAUAUCCGCCGACCGAAGAAAAAAUGGACACAUCGUGGGACGACCUAUCGCCCAUUCUGGAAACAUCCAAGCCGAAAACGCCGGUCAAGCGCCGAGCCAGCGUAACGAUGGCCAAAAUAAAACACUUUGACUGGAUCCCCGGGAUGUUCCUGUGGACGAGUGUCAUCCUGCAGGUGCCGUAUUAUGUCCUCUUUCUCAUGGUGGCCAUGGAGGUGGAGACGCCGGGACCGCUUUUUGAGAUUUUCUAUGCCAUACACGCCUCGGCGGUGUUUGUGCAGCCGCUGAUUAUUUGUAUCUUCUUGGCGAGAGAACGUAAAAACCGCGUGCAAAUUAACCAAGAGGAUGCAUAACACGGGCAUCUGGGAAAGUACGGAAAUUUUCGAGCUUCCAUUUUAUUGCAUGUUGUGUUCGUUUUCUUGCUUUCAGUCUUGCGCUGUAUGGCUGUUUCGGGGCGCAAUUGUUUAUAAACCUCACUUACGCGUAAAAAUUUCGUAGAGUAGUGGCUAAAGCAUAAAAUGGACAAGAAAUAAUUAAGAAUGCUGCAAAAUACAUAAUAAAUUGGC